AUGGAAGGAUCAAAAAUUUCCAGCCUCAAUAUUUUGCAAAGGGUUUUGUUUGGUUUGGCCCAGACUUCAUUAUUGUUCAGAGAAGGGUCCAAAGAUUUCAGGCCUUCAUAUCAUUUGGAGUGAGAAAAAUUUGGAACAUUCAAUGGAAUAUUAGAAUAUCUAGCUCAGCUACAUUUGUUCCCAAUUAGAGUAUAAUUUUUCCAGUUAGUUGGGAACCCUGUGUUCGUAUCAUACAUGUUUCAAGUAUUUUACCUUCGAUCUGUCUUUAAUACCCAAUAGAUCUAUUUUAUUUGAAAGUUUUGAGGCUAUUUAGUGAUUUAUCGCAUCUAGUCUCUCUUCUAACUUCCUAAAUUAUCUUAAAUUAUCCGAAUUUUUUC